AUGUUUGUUCCCCGUGGCCUUCAGAUUGUUACCUUCCUCGCAAGCUUCCUUUAUGAGCUAGCAGAUGCCGUCGCCGUGAACCCUCUUCCGGCUCCUCAAUCGGUUGCCUGGGGAUCGUCAGGACCGAAGCAACUGGCAGGUUACUUGGUCUUGAACGCUAACAUCCCAAACCAAAUCAUCAGCGAUGCGUGGAAUCGUGCCUGGACUUCCAUCAAUGAAUUGAAGUGGACCCCUGCUGCUAUCGAAGCCUCGAUCUCAACCUUCGAACCAUUUCCGACUGCAACAGCUUCAUCAAGGAUUAAGAGAGCAGACCCGGUCCUGACUCAGGUUGACCUUACGGUUGCCGACACUGAAGCUGACCUACAGCAAGGGGUAGAUGAAUCUUACACUAUCGAUAUCACGCAAACGUCCCAAGCAGUCAAUAUCACAGCACAGACGGUAUGGGGUGCUCUUCACGCCUUCACAACAUUGCAACAGAUCAUCAUCUCGGAUGGAAACGGCGGUCUCGUCGUUGAACAGCCGGUCUCGAUUUCCGACCACCCAAACUAUCCUUACCGAGGUGUGCUGAUCGACACUGGACGGAACUUCAUCAGCCUCCCAAAGAUCUAUGAGCAGAUUGAUGGCAUGUCUCUAUCAAAGUUGAAUGUAUUCCACUGGCAUAUGGUUGACGCCCAAUCUUGGCCUGUGCAACUACAAGUCUACCCUCAGAUGACUCAAGAUGCAUAUUUACCCAAGAGCGUCUACUCCCACGACGACAUCCGUGUCGUGAUCGCAUACGCUCGAGCCCGCGGCGUCCGAAUUGUCCCAGAGAUCGAUAUGCCAGGACAUGCGUCUGCUGGCUGGGCACGUGUAGAUCCCAGCAUUGUGACCUGUGGCAAUUCCUGGUGGUCCAACGACGUCUGGGCACUGCAUACCGCGGUCGAACCAAACCCCGGCCAACUCGAUAUCCUCAAUAACAAGACGUACGAGGUGGUCACCAAUAUCUAUACCGAGCUCUCGGGUCUCUUUGCAGACAGUAUCUUCCAUGUUGGCGCCGAUGAAGUUCACCCCAAUUGCUUCAACUUCAGCAGCAUCGUCCAAGAAUGGCUCGCGGCCAACACUUCCAGAACAUACGAUGACCUUUUGCAAGUCUGGGUGGAUAAAGCGAUCCCGGCCUUCUCCGCCGCAGCCAACAGGACCUUGAUGAUGUGGGAGGAUAUUCUGUUGUCGGCCCCUCAUGCGCACACCCUACCCAAUAACAUCAUUCUGCAGUCGUGGAAUGGCGGUUUGACAAACAUAAAGAAUCUGACUUCCCAGGGCUACGAUGUCGUUGUAUCAUCCUCGGACUUCUUUUACCUGGACUGCGGGUCUGGUGGGUGGGUAACCAAUGAUCCUCGUUAUAACGAAAUGGCAAACCCCAAUGCAAGCGUGCCGAACUUCAACUAUGGAGGAGGAGGUGGUUCAUGGUGUGCUCCGUACAAGACCUGGCAGCGCAUAUAUGAUUACGACUUUACUCUCAAUCUGACUGACACCGAAAAGACUCAUGUGCUUGGACCUGAAGUGGCUCUCUGGUCUGAGCAGGUCGACGACACCGUGAUAUCGUCGAAACUGUGGCCAAGAGCCGCCGCCAUGGCCGAGCUAGCAUGGUCUGGUAAUCGAGAUCCCACCACAGGACUCAAGCGUACGACUCAGAUGACACAGCGCAUCUUGAACUUCCGAGAAUAUUUGGUCGCCAACGGUGUCCAGGCCACGCCCCUGGUGCCGAAAUACUGUCUUCAACACCCCCACGCAUGUGAUCUGUACUACAAUCAGACGGCGCUUGCAGAUUACUCAACAAUCCAGUAA